UCUCCUUCUUGUGGGGUGAGAGGAUCCUGGGUGUCAGGCUUCCUUGGGGGUCAGGAUUGGGGGUUGGAAUCAGGAUGCCCUGGAAGACCAAAUGCCUCUAAGCCUUCCAGCCCCCUGAGGGGUUAUGGUUCUCUGAAAUGUCAAGUCAAACUUGCAGUGUCUCAGUGUCUUUGGGGAGCAGGGGUAAUGGGUCAGAGUUUCUUUGUAAUAUCAGAGUACCCUGGGGGCAAUUAGGCUGUACUAGAUAGCUGGUCAGUUUCCUUGUAGAGUUAGGGUAUCUUGAGGCUGCAGGAUGUACUAGAAUUCAGCACUUGCUUGUAGGUUCAAGUUGAAUACAUGUUACUGGGUCUUGGGAGAUCAGAAUGUCAUGGGGGCUUGGGUUGCUCCAGGAGGUCAUGGUAUAUGCUGGGGUAGAGGGAGAAAGGUUGGUGUCUUCCAUUAGUGCUUCUCAACUUUAAUGCUCUUAUGGAUCAAAAGUUUGUGUGUCUCCUGCACCUCCAUUCAUGUGUUGAAGCCCUAAUCCCAAUGUGAUGUCAUUUGGAAGUGGGGCCUUUGGGAGGCAAUUAGGGUUAGAUGAGAUCUUGAGGGCAAGGGCCACAUGAUGGGAUUAGUAUCUAUACAAGAAGAGGAAGAGAGACCAAAGGUGGUUUUAUUUCUGCCAUGUGAAGACAAAGAAGACAGCUGUCUACAUCCCAGGAAUAGAACUUUCACCAGGAACUGAAUCAGCUGACACCUUGACCUUGGCUUUUGCAGCUUCCAGACCUUGAGAAGUGUCUACUGUUUAAGCCACCCAUCCUUUGGUAUUUUGUUAUGGCAGCCUGAGCUGGUGAAAAUAAAUGGAUACCCGUUUAUUCUGGGGAUCUUGUUACAAUGCAGAUUCUGGUUCAGUAGGACUAAGGUGGACUCCAAGAUUCUGCAUUUCUAAGAAGCUUUCAUGUGCUGCUGAUGCUGCUGAUUGUGGACCAUACUCCAUGGAAGCAGAAGGGAGGAGUGAGCAGGGUAAGCAGAAGAAGGGGCGACUUUGCAGCAGCCUCUGGCCCGAGGGCUACCCCGCCACUGGGACUCUGACCUCCACGGUGGACAUGAGCCCUCGGCCCUACAGGAACCUCUCUGGUGUAGGAGUGCGGAGACCACGGCUUUCCCCACAAGGUGCACAGAGGGGUCGCCCGCACUCCAGGCGCCGCCACCGAACCACCUUCAGCCCAGCGCAGCUGGAACAGCUGGAGGCAGCCUUUGGGAGGAAUCAGUACCCUGACAUUUGGGCCCGAGAGGGCCUCGCCCGGGACACAGGCCUCAGUGAGGCGAGAAUCCAGGUCUGGUUCCAGAACCGCAGAGCUAAGCAGAGGAAGCAAGAGCGGUCACUGCUCCAGCCACUGGCCCAGCUGUCUCCUGCCACCUUCUCUGGUUUCUUGCCCGAGUCCCCUGCCUGCCCCUACUCCUACCCAACACCACCUGCACCCAUGACCUGCUUCCCUCACCCCUACAACCAUGCCCUUCCCUCUCAGCCCUCCACAGGCAGUUCCUUUGCUCGGCCCCACCAGUCUGAAGACUGGUACCCCGCCUUGCACCCAACUCCCACUGGUCAUCUGCCUUGCCCCCCACCCCCAGCUAUGCUUCCCCUUAGCCUUGAGCCACCAAAGUCCUGGAACUGAGGUUGAACAGGAGCUGAUAAGGUAAUCUCCCAGCCUGUGGCCCUGGUGAAACUCAGGGAAAGCUGGGUGGCUUCCCUUCCUUCUAAGGAUCAAGUAGAAAUUUGGUGAUGGGCAGCUCAGAGAUAGGAAUUUAAAAAUGGGAGAUCUGAAGAAGGCAUCCUGAGGUGAUUAGUUGAGGGAAUGUGGGGAGGUGAGUCUAUUAGAAGAUACAGAUAAAAUGCUCAGUGGAGGUAACCAGGUAGAAGGGUGGUAUUGACGAUGGAAGCAAUUGUUGCCACUGGUGAAUGGAAAUUAGUGAACGUGAUACAACUUUCGGGGCUUCAUUAAUUGACAUCACAAUUGAAGAUCUGCACCCAGCAGUUUCCAACUGAUUUCAAUACGGCUUUUGAUUUAAAGUCUACCUGCUCUUCUUUCCCCCAUCACCCACUCCCACCACCCAAAUCAGUCAUUAACUUUUGUUCAUUAAUGUUCUAGAAAGAUCUCUUGAAUUUCAUCUUUCCUGGCCCCAUAUCUUCUAACUAAUCCUCCUCAAUAACUCCCUUAGCUCCAGCCUUUCCCAUUGCCACCAGACCUUGCAAAUCUGAUCAUCACAGAUCCGCUCUCCAAUGUCUUAUAAAAAAAAAAAUAAGAUCUGAGUCUCCAACGUUACCUUCAACCUGACUCUUAAAAUCAACCACAUGUCAGGGCGCCCGAGUGGCUUGGUCGGUUAAGCAUCCCACUUCGGCUCAGGUCGCGAUCGCAUGGUUGGUGGCCUCAAGCCCUG